CGGCCAGGCCCCGGCAGAGGAACAUCACGACAGGGAGCCCAUUUUUCAUCCCAAAAUAGUUGGAGAGGACAUGUAUAAAACACAAAGAGCCGAGCCUCUGAUCUUUCACUGGACGGCCCUGCUGCACUGACCCAACCCCUGCCCCACAUCCAAAGACCACCAUCAACCCGUAACAAGCCAAGAUGGCAAUGAGCAGCAUCCUCAACGCCGAUGACAUCAAGAAAGCUCUUGAUGCAUUUGCAGUUGCUGACUCUUUUGACCAUAAGAAGUUUUUUGAGAUUGUUGGUCUGAAGUCCAAGCCCCAUGAUGAUGUGAAGAAGGUCUUCACGGUGCUGGAUGCUGAUAACAGCGGCUUUAUAGAGGAAGAAGAGCUCAAAUUUGUUCUGAAGGGUUUUGCCAAGGAUGGCAGAGACCUGACAGACAAAGAAACCAAAGCGUUUUUAAGAGCAGCCGACAAGGAUGGAGACGGCAAGAUUGGAGUGGACGAGUUUGCUGCCCUUGUGAAAGAAUAAACAGCCACCCAUCACCACGAAGGACCGCCUCCCAGCCUUCACCAUCCCGACUCCACGCUCACACCCUUCCCUACGCCUCACUGCGACCCGCACCUCAACACCCCCCCCCCCCCCCCCACCCAGGCCGAGUCCUGCUUCAUGCGCUCCUUCCCUUUAAUCUCAGCCUCACUGCUGUCUUUACAAAGCGCAACACUGCAGUGAAGUAGGCUGUGUUACGCAGCCCCCUUCCAUCCCCAUAGCAGUACGCAGCCAGUUUGAUUUAGCCUUUUUAUAAACAAAAUGUUCAUGUUUCUGUUCAUGUAUAGAUAUAAAAACACUCCUGCAGGAAUAAACUUUGCAUCUUAAAGCAUAUGUAGAUAUUUACAGAGAUUUCCCUCUGUUUACUGACCCUACCGUUUGUUUAAUCUCUUAAUUCUUCUCUGCCUGUCCUUUCUUUCUCUCAUUUCUUUAUUCUUUCUUUUUUUUUUUCCUGUCUGUCAACGUCACGUCUGGCCCAGUGAACCUUCCUGUACCUUCCUCCCUUCGCCCUCUCUUGAACCAUCGUCCCAUCCAUCUAUCUGCUAUCCAUCCAUUACCUUAUCCUGUGAUAAUGAGCUGUUGUGAAAAACAAAAAAAACAACGAUGACAGAAGUAAAGCUGUGAAAGAUUAAAAUAAAACUGUAAAAUACAA